UAUUAUAUGGCUUUAGAGAGUAAACUAAGUGCUGAAGUUUUAGAUAAAUAUUUUGCAAUAAAAUCCAUAGAAGAAGAAGAGGAUUGGUCAACGGAAAAAUUUAGAGCGGCGUUUAAAAAAGCGCUUACACACGUUAGAACGGUUAAGGAAGUACAAUAUUCGGUUAGAAAACAAAAAGCAGGAGAAAGAAUAAUAAGUUUAACGACAACUACAAAUAAAAACACAAAUAAUAGUUGGUAUGGCAAUAAUCAAAAUAGAAAUUUCGCACAAUUUAGACCCUCUAAUAAUAGAAAUUUUAGUCCAAAUAGAGAAAAAUUCCGAGAUAAAAAUUUUAACCAGAAUAGAGAAAAUUAUAAUAGAGAUAGAUCCAGAUCAUUCAGUCCCUCUAGUGAAGAAGAGAAGAGAAAUAAUCAAUAUAGAAAAAGAAGAGACUCUCCCUUCCCAGACCGAGGAAAAAGCAGCUCGGACAGCCAGAGCCGAUCGAGAGAAAAGGAAAUUAUUUGCGCUCUUUGCUCUAAAAAUCAUACGGAAGUAGACUGCACAAAAUAUAAAAGUGCAGAAGAGAGAAGGAACGCUUGUCUUAAAAAAGAGUUGUGUUUUUACUGCUUAUUUAAAGGCCAUAUGGCGUCACAGUGCCGGAGAAGAAGAACGUGCGUAUUUUGUAGAAAAGCUCAUCACUCAGCACUCUGCCGCAAAAAAUAUGGAAAUAUAAGAGAAAAAGUAAAUUUAAGUUUGGAAAAUAUAAAUAAAGUAGAAGAAUUAAAAGAUAUAGAUUUAUCGAAUUUAGGCAAAGAAAUUAUAACUGAUUGUAGAGUAAAUAUAAACACAGAUUGUAAAAUUGAAAAUAAUUUAGUUAAUUCGUGUUUAUUAAAUCCAGAAAGUAAAAUGUCACUCUUUAAAGUAAUACCAGUAAAAUUAUAUAACCCAUUAAAUAAAGAAAAAAUAAUAAAAGAGUUUGCAUUAUUAGAUGACGGCAGCCAAAAAUCGUAUAUAGAAGAAGAGCUAGCAAAAGAACUAAAACUGUGUAAUAAUAAUAUAAAGAAAUUUCAAAUAGAGGGAAUAGGAAAAACCAAAAUGGGGACUUUUGAAAAACCAAUAGUAGAAUUUGGAAUAAGAAAAGGGAGCUUUGAUAAAUUGAUAAAAGCCCGUGCUUUGCCAACUGUUUUAAAUAAUCUACCUUAUGUGUCAAUAGAGUCAAUUCCCAAAGAACAGUUAAAUAGAAAUAAACUUUUAGCAGAAUUACAGAUGAUAAAGCCUAGAUUGUUGAUAGGAAAUGAUCAUUAUAAUAAAUUUAUAAUUUCAACUAAAGAACAAUUACCAUCUGGAUUUUGGUUAUCUAGUUCUAAAGUAGGUAAUAUUCUUAACGGAGAAGGGAAAAUAUUAAAUAAGGAAACAGAAGGAGAAAUUUGUGGAUAUAGUUAUAUAGAUGAAAAUAACACUGGUACAUUAGAAAUACAGAAUGAUAAGGAAUCGUAUAAAUGGGAAGAUUUAGUAAGGAAACAAGAAAGCCUGCAAUUUAUGGGAUUAAGUGACGCGAUAGAAAAGAGUGAUGAAGAAGUCAAAAAAGAAAUGGAAAAAUUAGUAACAUAUGACGGUCAGAGAUAUCAAACAGCACUUUUAUGGAACAGUCUAGCAGAAAAAUUACCUCAUAAUAAGCGAAUGGCAUAUGCUCAAUUAAAAAAUAUGGUCACGAAUUUAAGAGAAAAACCGCAUAUUUUAAAACAAAUAGACGAAAUAUUUAAAGAGCACGAAAAAAUGGAAUUAAUUGAAAGAAUAGCAAUAGAAGAAAAUACGGAAAAUAGAGUACAUUAUUUACCACACUUUGCAGUAUUUAGAGAGGAUAAAGAACACACAAAAAUAAGAGAGGUUUUUAAUGGAGCAGCCAAAUCGGGGAACGCACCUUCUUUAAACGAAUGUUUAGAGAAAGGACCUAAUUUAUUUAAUGAUCUCACGGGUAUACAAAUAAGAGCAAGACUUCAAAAAUAUUUAAUAGGGUGUGAUAUAGCCAAGGCAUUCCUCCAAAUAAAUCUUGACCCAGUAGAUAGAGAUGUAACACGUUUUUUAUGGAUGGAGGAUCCUUUGGAUGAAAACUCAAAAAUAAUUGCGUUUAGAUUUAAAAGAGUAACUUUUGGAAUAAUAUGUUCACCAGCACACUUAGCUUUAGUCAUUCAAAUACAUUUAAAGAAAUAUAAUACAGAUUUAGCAAGAGAAAUUGAAAGAAAUAUUUACGUCGAUAAUAUUAUAAUAGGAGUAGAAGAUGAAAAGGAAAUUUUAAAUAUUUGUCAACAAACAAAAUUAAUUUUUGAAAAAGCGAAUAUGCCAAUAAGAGAAUUUAUUUCUAACUCAGAACAAAUAAAUAAAUUACCGAUUGAAGAAAGGAUUGUUAAAGAUAGAGUAAAAUUUUUAGGGCUAGAAUGGAAUGUUAAAACAGACGAAAUAUAUAUUAAAUUUCCUAAAAUAGAAGUAGGAGAAAAAUUAACUAAAAGGAAAUUAUUGUCCCAAUCAUCUAAAUUGUUCGAUCCUAUGGGUCUUUGUGCGCCAAUUUUAAUAGAGGCAAAACUAUUUCGUCAGGAAAUCGAUAAAAAUAGAAAAGUUGGGUGGGACAAAUUAUUAACGAAUAAAGAAAGAGAAAAAUGGAUUAAAAUAAUUAGUGAAUGGAAUAAUCAGAAUAUAGUAAUUAAAAGGAAAAUACAUAAUGUAAUAAAGAAAAAUAUAGACAAAUACGAAAUACACGCAUUUUCGGACGCAUCUCAAAUAGCGUUUGGGGCAGCGAUUUACCUUAGAGUAAUCACAAAAGAUGAAAUAAUUACUAAAUUAAUUUUUGGAAAAAGCUUAAUAAUUCCUUCAACUCUCCCAACCAAAAGAAGAACCAUACCGAAUUUAGAAUUACAUGCGACUAUGCUAUGCGCUAAAUAUAGUGAAUUUGUAAAGAAAGAAUUAGAAAAAGAGAUAAAAGUUGAUAAAAUACAGAUAUGGACAGACGCAAAAGAUGUAAUAGAUUUUUUACAUUCAAGAAAUAGACUGGAUGUUUUUACUGCAAAUAGAGUAAAAUUAAUCCAGCGGAUAUUGCGUCUAGGGGUGCCUCAAUUAAGGAAUUACAACAAAGUAAAUUAUGGUGGGAUGGACCAAAAUUUUUAUCAAAAAUAGAGAAAUAUUGGCCUGAAUCAUUAAUAAAAUAUGACCCAAAAACAAUUCAAAAGGAAAUAAAAAUGCAAACUAUAGCUUGUUUAAACAUUAAAGAAAAAAAUAUAGUAAAGGAAAAAGAUGAAAUUCUCCAAAUAAUAGAAAGAUCAUUAAAUUGGAAUAAAAUUAAAUCAAUAGUGUGUUAUAUAUUAAGAUGGAAAGGGAAAAAUAAAGGACCAAUAAAAGUAAAAGAAUUAAGAAGAGCUGAAAAAAUUAUUUUUAGAAAAAUACAAGAAAUAUUUCCACCCACAGAUACAGAAAU